AUGAACGCUCUGUUGUUCCAGUUUAUACAACCAAACAGGACGCCAAGCGACAAGACACUCUUAGGUGACAUGGAAGAGGAAGAUCCAGGUAUGAAAAUGUGUUAUUUAUCGCAAGUUUCCAAAGGUCUCUCAAGGCUUUGAACGUGUGAAAAAUUUCACGAGAGAACUGGAACCGACUGACGAACAGAAACUCACGGUGUAGGGACGGGAAGCGUUCAAAAUUCCCCACCCCUAACAUUUCUAUCUUCGAAAUAUUUCCUUCAAGAGAAUUUUGUAAUGGUACAUACGAUUGCCGAGAGACUUAUAGUCCCAGAAGAAUUUGGAGGUGUUCUUAUUGCUGCGGACGUUUCAGUCCAAAAUAAGACGUCGUCUGGUACUUUUUUUCGAAGACAAAAGGAUUACUUUAUGUUCUAAAGAAUUCUUUAUUGAUGUUUACGAGGCAUAAUAACUUUUGUCUGUUGAUAAACUUUCGCUUCAUCAUUAAUGGUAUCAUGUGCGGUAGACUAAACCGGAAACUCAUCUGAAUUCAUAAUUACUUGACAAAUAAUCUCUGCAAACUGCCAAAUACGGCUCAGAACAAAACGAGAAAUAGCAGAAAGUGAGCGCAUUUGUUAAGAAAUUUCUUUUGGGUUUGCAAAGGUUUUUUGAAGGAGUAAAAUUGCUUAAAGUUUGGUUUCAUUUUCACCUUUUACUUCAAUUUUCUCCUGUUAAAAAAAAAAAACAAUUAAGGAAAAGCCUUUCUUCUUGGUUUUGUUGGUUCGGUCAGCCGGCUUUCACUUCGCUUUCCCAUUGUUAGUUAUCUUCUUGCUCAAUUAAUCUCUGUGCCAUUUUAAUGCUAAUUUUGAGCUUUAAGCAAGCAUUGUGACUUGAAUACAAAUAAAUUCCUUCUAACCAGACUUUUUUAACUUCAAAUGAUCUGCCCCUCGCCCACGCUUAAGAAUAUAUUAUGCUAAGCUGGGCGACAUUUCCAGAAUGAUUUGGUGUAAACAGAGUGCCACGGCAAACGUGAAUAUUUCCUUUUAACUUGGCGUCUUUUUGAAGUCGGGUUUUCAAAAUUUAAUCGAUAUUUUUUUGGAAAUUACGCAUCUUAAAAAAAUAAUAAACGUUGAACAUCUCCCAUCAAAAGCUGCUAUAGAAUAUGGAGUCGCUGGUUUGAAUAAAUCGAUCGUUGAAAGCAAAAAAUCUGUCGGGCUGUCGGCUGUCAGCGAACUUGGUUCCACUGAGAGAGUUAAAAACAAAUCUUACGCUACAAAUUCUACGCGAUAUUUUGUUUUCUGAUGAUUCUUAUUUUGAAAUUUUGAAACAGACAACCGGAGGGAUUUUAAUAAUACAUUGAAAUUACAUUUUUAGUACAAAGAAGUGUUUUAUGUUCGUCAGUGACAUCGAGUUGUUAAUCAUACCCUUGAAAGUAAUUUACUCCGGCCUGUUCAUUUAAAUUUUCUUCAGAAAACGAUUUUAUUUAGGUUCGCGACUCUUCAAAAUAAUAUUUCGUUUUCAAGCUUCACAUGUCACAAAAUAAUAUUUUCAUUUCUGUCGCAAAGGAGUAUUUUGAAAGCACUUCAGAAUUACAAUAAAUAUUUCGCUUGAGUUCGCGAUAUCAUUUUUUUUUUCAAAAUGGUGAUUUGUUCAAAAACAGCAAUAAUUUUUCGCUAAAUGCUGGUAUCUCCUAAUCGUAAACCAGACUCAUCUACCGAUCUAAGCAGUUACAUAAUUCCAUAUUUCCAUUUCAAAGGCUUUUUUUUUGUUUAAUUUCUGUGAUAACCGAAUGCACAGCUCGUUGUUAUCGGUGGCAAGCGUUGUCGGCUCCUGACAGAUGUUCACGAGGAGAAAAAGGGCCAAAAACACAAAUAGGUAAAACCAAAUAAACGUAAUGAAAACACAGGGAAAAUUACUCACGUUCUGACCAAUAGAAAUUUCUCAAAAAUCAAAAAAAUUUGCGAGCCCGCUGGAACCGAUAAUGUAUUCUGUAAGAAUCUUGUUAACCGCGUGCUGUGAUUGGUCCAGAAUUUUUUUAUUGAAUAUUCAUAUUAUGCUGUUCUCCGGAAGGGCAAGAUGGCUCCCUCGAAAGGUGAUAUUCGCGAAGAACAAGUGUUUUAUGGCACUUUCAGGGAUUUUUCUGCAACGAAAAAGACAGGCUAACGUUGAGGUUUAUUUUCAUUGUUUUCAGAUGCGGAGGUGCGAAAGAAAUUGUUGGAAAACCUCAAAAAAGAGGUAAAGCGAAUUGCAGUUGUGGCUCGUGAAAUUUAAACGUCGAGCGAUCAAUCACUUGAUUUUUUAUUACACAGCUCUAUUUCGCUUCGCUCAAAGAUACACAACUUGAUUUUACUCCAUUUUGCAGUCAUGCACUGGGAAAAGUUGUAUGUUCAUGUUUCCUUGACAAUGUUAGGUUAAAAAGAUAGAAAUGCUCGUCUUUUUAAAAAUGUUGACCUGUUUUGUCGAUUCCCAGGUCAAACAACUUAUGGAAGAAGCUGUCACAAGGAAGUUUAUUCAUGCAGACAGCUCUAGUAUAACCUCCCUUUGUGGUAAGAAAUAUUGCAUUUGUUUCCGACACUAUUUUGCCGGCUGAAGAAAAAUAUUUAAGGUGGUAAAAACUCUGGUAGUGUUUCUGUAAAGUGUUAGUUUUGAUUGGGUAUAACUUGCAAACAUUUCCUUCGCGGUCGAUCUGUGAAGUGCUGUAUACUUGCUAAAACGGGAAUUUAAAACGCGGAAGCAACUCUAGCUUCAGCGGACAUUCCCGCCCUUUAGUUGAAGUAAGCUUCACAGAGUCACAUAAUUUUAUUUCUUGAUUCAGGGAUCAGACAUGGUUUUCACCUGUAUGCGAACACUCGUACGGAAGUAGCAAAUCGACCAAAUACGCGCUUUUGCAGGCAUCAAACACAAAAAUUCAAAACAAAUAAACUCUGCUUGCGGCUUUGAAGGGGGUUUCAAACAACGCAGCCCACAUCAAAAAUAAAGAGUAAUUCAAGCCUUAUUUAAACUGAAUUGACAGGCUGCGCUCGAAGGUUUUUAAUCAGAACCUCUCAUUGCUCAUUACAAUCCAAGAUUUGCCGUUCAGCUGUGAACUUGUGCGAAAUGCGAUUAAAAUACUUUAUCGACUGUCGAAAAAAAAAAAUACAGGAGGAUUUUUAACUAUUAAUGUAACGUGAUGUUUUUUGGUUCAACUUUUUAAAUUAUAAAACACUUUGUAUCCAGAUAAAUAAAUUGCUAUUUCCUAAUAAAAUUAGCACUGUCUCGCGACCGACAAUAUCGGAAAAUUUCAUAUUAAUAUGCAGAAUUUAAACAUGUUGCACCCCGUUGCCAUUUCGUAAUACUAGUUUCAUUACAGGAGAAUUUUUUAAAGUAUCUUACUUUAAACUUUCCUUUCGGUGGGUAUGGUUUGAAAAAUGAUGUAAACCUAUCAAAACCUUUGUAAAAUUCGUGAAAUGGAAUUUUAUAUCAAGUCACUGUUUACACAGGGCACGAUCUUAAUUUUAUCGUUGUUCACUUAGGCACGCAAGGUAUAAUUCUUGUAUUUUUUGCAAGAGUUGUCUUGUUUCAACUAAUGGUAUGCUGUUCACGUCUCUUCAUUUCCUCGAUUUUUAUAAUUAUAUGUGUCUUAAAUUUUAUCCUCUAGACAUAUUUGUGCCUACUAGACUGGAACCAACAUCCAAUCUUCUUAACAUCAAAAAUGUACUGUUAUAGUUUUGUUGUUUCAGUUUGCAGAGAAGUGGUUCAUGUAAAUUUUUUGAGUUUGAGCGUGACAUUUUUAAAUGUUUUGAUAGCCAAGGAAAGUUAUAAAUUAUCAAAGAUAGGCAAAGAUUUCACUGAAAAUUCAAACAGCCAAGAAUAUUAAUCCUUUUAAAAAUGAAAUUGGCAACAGUAGAAAAAAUGCAAGUUGGUGGGAGUGUUACUCAGCACGGUGAAUAAUUAAAAUUCUCUUUUGUCGAGGGACGACAUGUUCACUGUUUCACUUGUAUUGAGGUAAUAGCCCUCUUCAGAAAUGUCACUUUGAUUCAUGGGUCAGAAAGGGGGAGGGGAGGGGGUGUACUUUAUUAAGUCUACUAUGGCUUUGUGUCACGCAAAAGGAUUUAUUGAAACCUUGUAAUUUUCUAUGCUUGCAGCUAUUGAAUCAAUUUAAAAUUCACUGUACUCGGUAUACUGGAUAUCUCAAAGUGUUAUGUGUUAUUUCUUUGUCUGUGGCAAAAUGAUCCACUAUGUCAUUACCACUUUUUUCACUUGAUCAUGAAUAGUCAUAGAUUCUUGGGGAAAUAGACCUUCUCCUAGAGAUGAAUUUUAACCCUUCAACUCCUCAAAGUGAUCAACGCCUAACUUCUCCCUAUAAUAUCCAUGCAUUAUCCAGCAAACAUGUAAUGAGAAUACUCAAACUUAUCAGCUAGAAGUUAUCUUUAUCUAACACCAAAUUCUUACUAGUAAUUUAUAAGGUAAUAUGUAGCAGCUGAAGGGGAGAAUUAAAAAUCAGAUCUUGAUAGCUAGAGUGUUAAGAAAUAAUUGAUUGACCAAGAACUGAGCAUGUUUCCCCGGGGCUUUAUUGUGGUUUGAAUAUAUUUUCUUACCAUUUUUUUAAGGAUUUGUUUUCAGUUUGGUUUUCUGUGACAUUUUUAUAGGUGCUGUAGAGGCAGGCAUUGCACAUGGCUUGAAGAAAAGAGCCGCUGGUCUUCUUCCUGCCCAGGACACCCAGGCUGUUUUGGAAAAGCUUGCUCGUUUAUCAGAACCUGCUGCUGAACUGGUCAAGAAACUCUCUGGGGAAGAGGGGAAAAGCAAGGAUGGAACUAAGAACACAUCAGCAGGUAUAUUUCAAGGUAUAAUAGUUGAUAUGUUGGGAGACCUCUAACCAUCUCAUCUCCAGAAGUGAUUAACAUGUAACUUCUCUCUUUAAUGUCUGUAAAUUAUUGAGCAAGCAGCUAAUGAGAAAACUUAUAUUGAUCAGGUAGAAGUUGGUAUCUUGAUUUCAUGCCAAAUUCUCACGACUAAUUUAUAGGGAAAUGUGUGCAGCAGCCAGGAGGAAAAAUUAACAAUCAAAUCCUAGGAGUUAAAGGGUUGUACAAGCUUAAAGACCAAAGGGUCAGACCAUGCAAGUCAAGACUAGUUUGAGUUAAAUCUGAUAGGUUGAAAGUCUGGUGUGACUUCUCCAGACUAACCACACAACUUAAUAUGCAGCGAGAAAAAUAAAGCUUGUACAAUAUUCUGUAAAUAUAACAGAACAUAAAUAAAGUAAAUGUCUAAUUUUACAGCUUCAUUUUUAGAUAAGUAAUAACAAAACAAUGAACAUAGCCACAGUCAGCAACACAACACUUUUGUUUGUAGAAUCAUUGGAACAAGGUUUCAUGGAAUUUUUUUUUUAUACAUGAAAAAUUUAAUUAUUGCCAUGUUUUGAAGGCACAAUUAUUUUCUGCCCAAGGUUAAAGAUUCACAGGAAAAUCUCUUUAAAGAAAGUUACUUUAAAAAGUGGUUGUUUAAAAUGUAAUGUCAGCAAAACACUUUCCUCAACUCAUACCUUCAAGGUCUCGAGAGCUCACUAAAGCAUCUUUCUAUUAGGUACAAAGGGCAUACUAAAGGUAUUUUUUAGAUAUAUUUGAACACCCUUGUUGAGCAUUUUGACAUUUAAAUCGGGGCUUAAAAUGUUAAUUUUAGUAUCUGAACGUAAUGUCUGCAACAUGGAAUCACCCAUUGCUUUUGAUACUCAGUUAAAAAUUUUUCCAACUAACAGGAUUUUUUAUCUCAUCAGGUUCUGCAGAAAGCCCAUUACUCAAGUUGAAAUUCAACUUCUCUACAUUGAAUGGAAGCAAUAAGAAGAUAAAUGGAUAUAACAUCAGUGGCCACUGUGGCAAAUUUUUGUGGAUUAGAAUAGCUCUUUUAGAAAAGUUGCUGGGAAAAAUUGUGGAGGAUCUUCAAAAUAAUGCAAGGUAAGGGGAGUGGAGUAUCUUGAAAUAACACUACAUACAAGUUUGAGAACUUCUUGACAACUAUCAAGUUGAUAAUCUAGCAGAUUAAACCUUUAACUCCCAAGUCCUGAUUGUUACUUCUCCCCUCAAGCUGCCAUACAUUACCAUAUAAAUUAGUUACAAGAAUUUGGUUUCAGAUCAAGAUAACAACUUCCACUUGAUAAGUUUGAGCAUUCUCAUUACCAUUAUGCUGGUUGAUGUAUGGAUAGUAUAGGGAAGGGAGAAGUUACUUUUUAAUCACUUCUGGGAUGAAAAGGGUUAAGUUAUUUACCUUGUCAGUCUCCUCAGUGGUAGUUAUUCAGGGUUAUAUAGUAACUUAAAAUUGUAAAUAUUUUUAAAUAUUUUAUUUGGAUUAAAAAAAUAAUGACAAGAGCAAAACAAAGACACCUAAGAAUAUGGUGAAAAAAAUUCCCAAUUAUCGUGACAGAAUUAUGAAUUAAAACUAGGAAACAAGUUUCACAUGUGAUGAGUUUCUUUUCAAAACUAAGUGUGAGAGGCACAUUUAUUUUUGAUUUUCAUAGUUUUCAAAACUGAAAUCAUUAUUACUAUUUUCAUGGUUUUGACAAUAACCUGCCAAUUGUUUUAUUCUUUUGAUCACCACUGAUUUUUAUCUGUGGAUGUCUUUUUUCUUAAGGGGUGGCAAAAAGGAUGACUUUCUCGACCUCAUUAGAGGCUAAUUUAGGAUCCUGCAUGGCCAGUGAUUUAAUAUUACUUACUGUCAGUGGAAAUGUAAGAUAGACAUAACAUUUUUUUUUAAAUUAAAAGCCAAUGUUUGAAAUUCACCCAGCUUAAGAAAAACUCUGGGUGAAUUUCAAACAUUGGCUUUUAAUUAAAAAAAAAUGUUAUUUCUAUCUUACAUUUCCACUGACAGUUAGCAAUAUUAAAUCACUGGCCAUGCAGGAUCCUAAAUUAUCCUCUAAUGAGGUCAAGAAAGUCAUCCCUUUUUGCCACACAAAUCCUUAUAAUGAGCCCUUUGACUUGAAUGUUUUUCCCUAAUGACAUGUCCAGUACUUACCAAGAAUGAAAAAUUAUUGGGUGGGAAUACUUUUCCAGUGUCCAAUGAAAUAAAGGUAGAUGUAUUUGAAUCAAUAAUUUGGCCUCCCCAAAAUUCUCAAAAUCAGCCAAGAUGGAAUUUGAAACUAUAACCACAACCUGCAAUGAUACAUGUAGCAUGUUGCAAACUUUGCACAAUUAAUGAUUUUGCAUGUUAUGUAAAGAAUUGUUAUUCUUUGCUUCACUGUAUGACAGUGAUAUCACAGGUCUGUUUUGACAGGUCACAACAGUACAAUAAAGAGGCAUUUAUAUGAAUGUGGACAAUUCAAAAGCUUUUGAGGAAAAAAAAAGCCAUCAAUGCAUUAAUUGCUUUUUAAUGUAUUAUUUACUGCAUAUGUUUGUGUUCUUCAUGUACACUGUAUGUAGAGGGCGUGAUAAUUGCUAUUAUAAUUGCCACAAAGCACAAGUGGUGGUAGAUACUGACACUGAAGUGAACUUAUGAAAGGUAAUUUGUAUGUUUUGCAGUCAAUUUUAUGAGCCUGAAGCCCUACUUAGUGAUCCAGCUGAUGGAAGAAUAUUUAUUGAACUUUUAGGUAAGCGAAUUACAAUGAGCUUGCAAGGAUUUACUUCCUUACUUCCUUAGAUUAAUGUUUUGUUAAUUUUUGCUGACUGACUGACUGAUUGAAGUUUUUUCUUAAUAUGUGACUUACUUACUUCUAAAAUAUUGUAAGUUGCUUAAUAUCAUUUGUCGAAUGGAUGGAAAGUUCAGCUAAGCAUUUCAUUGUUUUACAUGUACUUUGACCUUCUGUCUGAGUGAUUGGAUUUUGUUAUAUAAAUGUUUCUUGCUGUCUUUUAGAACAGAUAUUUAAAAAAUAUAUUUGUUACUUUAUUAUUUCCACUGAAAGGUCCUAUUCAUUUAAUUUUAGACAUAAAUUCAGUUUAUUAUUUUUUGCAAAUAUUGUAAUUUUAUAGGCACAUCGCUAAUUAGUUGCCCAAGUUUCUUCCUUAUUUGCAUACCAAAAUCAUGCAGUUAUUGAUGCAGAAAACUCAUUCAGCAAUCUUGAUCCUUCAUAAAUUUAUCUACUUGUUUCUGGAGUUUUUUUUCAGUGGCUAUUGUUAUUGUUAGAAUUUAUUAUAUGGGGAGACAUAUAGGAACCAGCCAAAUUGCUUCUGUUCAUUAAACAGAGAUAAUUUAAGUUCCAUAUUUAUGUGGGGGCAUCAGAAUCAGUCAUUGCACACACUUGCAACUUACAUUGAUUACCUUAUGGUUCUUUGCCAUCAUCAUUUUAAGAAGGAGAACUUUGCUGUUGAUCCCCAUUUGUCAGUUGCCACAAAAUUAGUAACUGUUUUCAUCAAAGUGAUUGUAUAGUGGUCUGCUUGACCUUUACACCUUAACAUCACUGUUCAUAUUUUCCAUACUGUUCUCUAUAUAUAUCUUUAAGUGUUGACAGAAAGGAGAAUUUGUUUCACAAUCAAACAGAUUUACGGUUGAAUCUAAAUAACUUGAGCUGGCCAAGGAAUUGUGAAAAAUCCAAGUUAUUUGGUGUGUAGCCAAGUUACUGAAGGGUGAGAUGAAAACCUGAAAUAAGUGAUAAUUUAAAACAGGUUUUAGGAAAAAAUUCUAGUAUUUCCCUGGCAAGUUUGCUUCUUCAGAAGAGUUCAACCAUUGUUAGGCUCAUUAUAAAGGAAAAUUUAAAACCAUAAAAAACAUUUUGCUUUCAAAAAGAAACAUCUGAGGGAAAAAAUUUUUCUCUUGCAUUGUGAUAAAAAGUGUUCAGGUUGAGGGUACUUGAACAGUUAAUGUAAUAAGUAAAAGCAGUGGAAAUCAAAUUUCUUCAACUUCAUCAGAAAAUCAAAUUUAUUUACUAAAGUUGAAAGUUACAGAUAAUCAGCUGCAACUUGAAUUAUUUGUUAUGUUUGUUAGUUUAACAUAUUUUUCAUUUUCCUGUCCUGUUAUGAUUGUGCCCUAUGUCAGGUCAAUGUAAUUUGAUUCAUUAAUUUGAUAUGACCAAAAGGGAUCUAAAAAGUGUUUUGGCCUUGAAAAGAUAGCAGUUUUGUUUGGGAUUAUUGUUAUUUUGGUAACUCAUGUUUAAAAUGCAGUGUUAAAAAGAAAAAAAAGUUUAGUAUUUACAUUUUAAAGGAAUCAAUCAAUUUGUGUUCCAAAAUACAUGAAAUAGUAUAAAUUCAUGUUGACCUGUGACUUUUGAGUACCAUAAUCAAUAUCUUGAGUGCCCUCAGUGGAACUUUGAGAGGACUUUUGAGAGUGUGUAUCUUUAAAUUUGUAUCAAUAGAUAAAAGACAAAGAUAAAACAACAUCUUUUAUUCAAGACAUGAAUGAUAAUAAGCUGUUGCCAAGCAUAUAGAAAUAUCUAUAGAAGAUGUGUCAUAUGUAUGCGAGCAGUAUGUCAUUGAAAUAUUAAUUUGUUUUGUUUUGAUUGUGUAUUUCCAGAUUAAAUUGCUCAUGCAUAUUCAAGGUUUAAAUUUUCAACAAAUUUUAUUUGUACAACAUUUGCUCUAAACAAAAGCUUUUCAAAUAUGUGGUUAAGCUCAUCAAAUUGUACUGUAACAAAAUUUUAUUAUGUGCUUUGAACAAACAGAUGAUCUGCAAACCAGCCACUUUAUGAACAUAGUUACUGUAGUUAUUGUUGAAAACGUUUUUUAGUUUGUAUUGUAUAUACAUAGUUAUUUGAUAAAAGGUGGCUAUUUUUUUCUUUUUGUACCUUGAACUUCAAAGAGGGAAUUAAUCUUAAAGCCACAGAGAUCUGCUGCUUAUCACAUUACAUGGUGGUUGACUGCAAACUUUGGGAAUGUAAUAGUUAAUGUCAUAAUUAUUUUUAUCAUUGAUAUGUAUGUACACCAAUUCUAUGUAGCGUAGAUCUUUAGGUCAAAUUUCACAGACUGAGAUAUUUCUCCAUUUAUAAUGCCGCAUACAUCUGCUUCCUAUUAUUAAUAUUAAUCUUCUUUGCUUAACCAAAAAGCAUGUUUUACAUUGUAUUUUUCCUAUUAAAUUUACACACAGAUGGUCCAAGUGCUUUAGACUUUUCAAAGAUGAAAACACCAGACAGUUAUUGGACUGAUCCAACGGCGGAUGAGCUUGUUCAAAGGCACAGAAUACACAGUGGGUUAUGUCAGCAGUCACCUACAACACCAACAUCCCAGCGACCACAGCUGGGUGUAACAAAGGCCUCUUAUGAUGAAAACUUAGCAGUGGCCCCAUUAUUAGCAAGAGAACACAUAGAGUCUCUUCACCAGAACUCGCAUGCUGCCCUCCUGUAUGGGAAAAACAAUGUCUACCUUGAACCAGUGAGUAGAUAUGAUAUCAAGUUGUAAUGAAAUAAAUUUCAUUUGACCUGAAGCUUGGAUCAUGACUUCUUUGAGAUAUGUGUGCAAUAUCCUUAAACUUAAACAUUUUUGGUAGAUUUUAACCUAUGGUUUCGUAAUUUUUUUUUGAGAUGUUUUGUUGGUUAGGAGUUCUUCAUUAUGCAUUCAUUCAUUUGGCCAUUGAUCUUGAUAAUGGAGAAUGAUUUAACUGGUUUAUGUGACUUGAUUGAUGUGUUAAUACAAGUUGUACACUGUGUACAAUCUGUAUACAUGAAUAGUGUGCAUGUUAUGGUUUAUUACUCUGGAUGAAGGGACUGAAAUAAAUUAUCUUUUGUGAUGGUCUAAAAAUAUUACCUCUACUGCUAAUAAAUUGUUUGCUUGGAAUUUAGUUUAAAAGAAAAAUUGCAUUGCUUGCUGGACAGUUUUAAUUGUGUGGGAAAUUAUUACAGUCUUACCUCUUUAUUGGUACAGUUGAUUUCUGAUUGUCUCUCAUCAGGAAAAAGUACAACUUCAUGCACAUGGAGUUAAUUAACUGAUAAAGUAUUCAUGGCUAUGAAUUAUUUCCAGUAUUUUGACCAAAAAAUACUAAAUUACCUAGCAUUUGUGUUACUGUUUUUUUUUUUCACAGCAUGAAGAACACCCAAUUGCUGGAUACCUGUCACUACAUAAAAGCAACGAGAGUUUGCUGCUGAAAUGGACACCUAAUAAGUUGAUGAGUGGUUCCUGUGAACGAGAGAAGAGUCAGUUUUGGGAUUAUGCACUGACCGUGAACUUGAAUGAUGUGGUGUAUAUUCACUGUCACCAGCAUGGUAGGGCUGUACAGGACAUACACUUUGUUUAGCUUACAACAAUUUUACUUCAUCCUUUAAACCUUAAGAGUGAUCAGCAUCAAAUUUCUCAUUACAGUAGUACUUCUGAAUCAUUCAUUAAGAUCAUGGGAAUAAAGGAGAUUAUCAACAACUUAAGAAGCUUUGAUUGUUAAAGGAAUUCUCCUUGUUAUGAUACUAAAGGAAAUAUACCAAGAAGAGAUUGGAGAAUGUAGAUACUGAUCAUAGGGUGUAAAUGGUUAACAUACAAAUAUGUAAGAGUCAGUAUCCAGUGAUCAGUUUGAAGCUAAGUUCUGUUAUUGUUAAGUAUUUGACAUUUUGUAGAGAGUGCAUUGGAUUGAUUUUCACAAACCAAAACAAAAACCAAGUGUUACUUCAUAAUCGCAAUGGCCAAUUAGAACAAAGGAAAGAAAUGUUUCUCAAGGAAUUGAUGAGAGCUUUAAGUAUAAAUUAACAAAUUGCUAGAGGUACAGGAAAAUGCAAGUUACCAAGUUUUAGUUUUGUGGGUGAUUGGUUGAGAGGUUACUACAAGUCUUUCAGACCAAUCACAGAGCGGAUUAAAGGAAAACCAAGGCAAUCCUUUCUUACUUUCUGGUACUCAAAUAAAAUUGAUUGCAUUUCAGGUGGCUAUGGAGUGGUUAUUCUCAUAGGACAAGAUGGAGUCCAGCGUCCACCAAUCCGUUUUCCUACAACUGGGUCUCUGUUGUCAUUCUUAAACUGUCUUGAGAAUGGUCUCCACCCUCAUGGUGAACUCGACCCUCCAUUGUUUAACCCACGCUCCAAGGGCCUUGCCCUUCCCAGCCUGAAGAAACCACUUUCAGGAUCUAACUUGCCACUGAUGUCUUUCUCCAAAGGAGAAAACACAAAUCAAGAUUAUGUCUUUAGACUUGUUUCUGGAACAAAACCUGAUGUUGUUGGUGAGUACUUAAUGAUUUGACAAUUUCAGACGUGUUUGAAAAGGGUUCUUCACAGAAAUAAGUAAUUGUAUUGUGUUUCAGCCUUUGUGUGUGUGUGUGUGGGGGGGGGGGAGUGUACCAAGGUCACUUUUUGCUGGGUUUGUGCAGCUGGUCUCUCAGAACCCCUACUUCACUAUAAUAUAUUCUUGACCAAUUAUACACCCCAUGUUAGUCACUUUUGGUAAUACAGUAACAACUUUUAACUGUGAAUCUUCCCAUUUUUAAAUCCCUAGUUACCAGAAUCUUCCAUUCCCUAAGAUCCCAAAAUGAGUGACCCCAUUCUAAUAACUCCAUUGACAAUGCAACCCCAUCACAGUCGAUCCAGUUUUAAAAAUGCGACGUCCUCUAGCGGCACAUCCCCAUUAGUCUAUUACUAGGAAGUACUCCCCUCCCCCCCCCUCAACUCUCCCCCUUUCCCCCCCCCCCCAGGUGUUUCAGUUCAUGAUUACUUGUACUUGAAAACCAAAGAGACGCAUACAUUAUAUGGUAAUCGUAAAAUCUGGGGGACACUUCAGAAUUCAAAUAAGGCAUUGCAUUUUGCCGCUUUAGUUGGAUUUUUGUUUUCCGUCAAGUCCCCCGCCCCCUGUUCCAAUAAAGCCGCCUUGCUAAUGAAACCACAUUGGGAAGCCAUGGUGCUGUCACAAGAUAGAAAGGUUUUAUUUUCAUUCAUAAGUUAGUCCUGAAGUAAUAUAAUAAAGAAAUGUUAAAUGUACUUUGUUGUCUUCAUAUUUUUGUUGUUCAUACUCGGUGCUAUAAUUUCAGUGUCCGAGGAAAUGGAUAGAUGGUCCUCCCAAAGAUCUUCCAAGAAGCAAGGAGGGUUACCAUGGAGACGUCAGGACCUAAGUUCAAGGUUACAGUCCAGCUUUAGACGAAACCAGAAACAAUCCUCGCCUCACACAAGGUUAGUUCUGAAGCACUUUUUUUAAACAACAAUUCGCAAAUCAAUAACGACAAAAAAAAGCCUACAUUUAGUUUUUCGAGGAGGAAGACACUUCCUGCCCUUUGCGCUGGUGCUGUUUUCCGUAACAUUAAGGGACUUGGCGUAUUGACAUCCCCUCCCGUCCCGUCCCGUCCCGUCCCGUCCCGUCCCGUCCCCUCCAGACAUAUGACAAUCCAUGGCAAGUAGUUCUUGGCAUUUCAUCAGGUUUCCCCGACAGCUCACCGGCAGUCAUUUAUACUCUUGGUUGAAGAGAAGCUCUAUCAGAAAGGAAAUGUCUUCCUCAACAACACAGGACAGUGACUUAGGCGGCGCUUGAACCCUGAACCUCUCAAAAGUUAAGAGUUCUGAGUUCAGUGCCAACGCGUCUCUCACCCUGUAAUCACAAUGACGACGAUGACGGUCAUGAUGACGAUGACGAUGUCGGUGACGACUUCGAUGACGAUGACGAUGACUAUGACGGUAAUGAUGACGUUAUGAUGACGCAGACGGUAAAAAUAAUCAUAAUGGUGAUGAUGAUGACCUUGACGAUGACAUGAUGUUGAUAACGAUGUUGAUGUUGAUGAUAAUAAUAAUGAUGAUGACGAUGAUGAUGAUAGUAAUAAUAAUUUUCUUGUGUGCGGUUUUGUUUACUAGGGAAUGUCUCAGCACUGCAUGCGAAACUAUGAGACGACAAAUCACUUUACGAGCUUUCAAUGGAUGUAAGUUAACCUUGAUUAUGUAGAUUCCAAGUUAUAUUAAAACUCCUGAAGUGUUUUAUGUGCUUAAUAAGUGUUCAUGCUUUUUCAUCAGGGUUUUCGUACGUGCGCCACCUCAAAACAGUUAGAACGCAUUUGUUAUGGCUAGUUAAUCACAGCAACAGCAAUUCCGAAGAGAACGGAGUCGAUUACGCCCAGGGACUUACUGAACAAACAUGGAGAAGCAUGUGCAGUAAUGGAAAGGUAAAAUCUUUUUCGUUAGAACUGAGCAGGCUCUGGUACGAGUGGAGGAGCGGCGAGAGAAGUCGGCUUCGUUUGCAAGAUGGCGACGGAAGCGAUUUCCGCGCCAGGCCCUUCGCCGGCUCCUUGCGCCAGCCACCUCGUCUCUCGCGGCUUCGCCGGUCAUGCCACAGCGCUUUAGGCAGAUGUUACCAGGAAGUUUAGUCGUUUGCAUGAAGCGAGAUAGCCUGUAAACGAGUUUUAAUAAGCGCUGCGGAGCCCAUUAGCUGCCGCUGAUUGUUUCUCGUGGCUUACUGGCUCAAGGUGAGAUAAACACACCAGUGGCUGGAUGAUGAGAAUAAUGAAUAGUCAUUAGUCUAUGUUUCUAUCUUUCCCUUUUCUUUUCCAAGAAAUUCAGGUUUCUUGUUAAGUGAUUAGCUACACAGUGUUACACAUUUUUGGUUUAAACUUUUAUCCUAUGCUUAUUUAGACAUGCUUUGGUCACUGGGUUCCUUGAAGGAACCUUUGUUAGCUCAUAAGCGCGUUGCAUGACGUGUCAAAACGACGGUUGCGAAAGAGACAUAGCAUGAACGAGUAGCUGUGUAAGAAAAAAAAAACCUAGCUUGUCUAGAUACAUUGUGAGCUUCACAUGUAGUUACCUAGGGACCACUUCUCGAGCCGGAGCCGUAGUUGCAAAAGUGAUUACAAUUUUUCUUAUCAACUGAUCAUCUUCCAGGUUAAUGACGAGGAUAAAGUUAAGAAGUAUGUCUACUUCGGCGGAGUAGAACACUCCAUCAGAAAAGAGGUAAGAUCAUCAACAUGGUAAAUUUAAUCACUGCUAACCAGCGAGCAUGAGAAUGUUUUUGCCUGAGAAGGUAUUUUAUGUUACAUCUUUCAUUAAGGUGUGGCCUUAUUUACUGGGACACUACAAAUUUGGAAGCACACCUAAAGAUCGUCAGGCAACUGACAAGGCUGCUAACGAAGAAUUUCGUUCCAUCAUGGAGGAAUGGAAAGAAGUAGAGAGUGUGAUUCGACAGCACGAGAAAGAACAAGAAAUGGAUGGUAUCUCUAUGGACAGCACAGGAAGUAGAGAUGAAGUCUUUGAACAGUUGGAAAUGAUCAGUAGCGGCUUAGAAAAAUCAGAGAAUUUCAAUCGUCAGAGGGUCAGUAUCGAGGAACCCGAGAUUGAAGGACUUGAUGAGGCUGCAAAAGCCAGGUUAAUGAAUGGACAGCUUAUUAUUCCAGCGAAAAAUGGCGAUGAUGCCGAAAGUGGGUGUUGUAGUGACUGCGGGGAAGACAAUGGCAAGUUCAUGUCAAUGUCAAGAACAUGCCAGCGAUGUAGCAAGAGAUUUCAUUCUGCUGUGGAAAUGAACAGUCAUGGGACAGGUCACGUUCCAAAUGGCCAUGAUUCCACGUACAGUGACACCAACGCGCGGGAGGAGUCACAGCAGACCAGUCACGACACGGACACGGAGGUCCCAGUCCUUUGUAAACAAUGUAGUCAGGGAAGCAUUGGGUCUAGAGCAUCGUGUCCAUACUCGGUGAGUAGCUAUCUUUUUCAAGAUACUUGAGAUCAGAGGUAGGUGUCCGUGGUCAGAUCGAGGUGUUUAUGCAGCUUGUUUUGGCGCUUUCCUACAUAAUUGAGACUUGAUUACACUGUCUGCUUCUCGUCUUCACCAAGGAGUAUCACUGAAUAUGAAGGCGAAUUUUUAGGAAACGUUACAAACUUGAAGUGAAGGUACCGUGCAUAAAAGAAUUUCUCCCCUCAACUGCUUCAUGCUGUGAAAACUGGGAGGGGCUGAGUUACGUUUGGCUAGCCUUUUUGGGAUUUUUAGCAGAACUUACCAAGGUCCAGAUUCAAUGCUAUUUUAACUUUUCCUUCGAUCGACUUUUGAAGACUCACUGUAUCCCCCUUAGAUACUAUAAGAACAAGAACACCUGUUAAGAAACACACGUGUGCAAUACUAUAAUCAUUUAAACAACUUUUUGAGAAACGACGUCUUUGCUCUUAGUUGUUAUUACUGAUCUUCAAUGAUUUGCCCAUUAUUCUCCCAGACUGAUCUCCUUGAUGACUUUGGUUUAAAUCUUCAUCGAAUCGAGAAAGAUGUCCUGAGAUGUGAUAGAAAUUAUCCAUACUUUACUCACGAAAACCUUGAUAAACUAAGAAACGUCAUUAGCAGGUAAGGCUUGGUUACAAAAUCGACACUUUUCUUGAAUGGGUUACCGUAGAGUGUCCGAGCGGAUCAAUGUUAGUAUCUGAGCAACUCCGCACCUACUCCUCCCCUAACCCCGCAACAGUCAACUGAUAACAACUUAGGGUUAAUGCCGGGUUAGGGGAGGGGUAGGUGCGUGGUUGCUCAGUCACUGGCAUUGAUCCGUCUGCGGACCUAGCGACUGACCCUUGGAGUGCCUGAAUAAAAGUCAUCUUCCGAGUCAAGUGAAGGAUGUAUCAUGACUCGUGUUAGUUGAUGAUUUUCGCGUUUGAUUCUGUAAUGUUUUUACUUGCAGUUACGUGUGGAAGACCUUGGAUGUUGGUUACGUUCAAGGGAUGUGUGAUCUUGUUGCCCCUUUGCUUGUCGUCUUUGACAAUGGUAAGUUACUGCACUCAUGCAGAACGACCAAAAAAGAAUGGAGGGUUGUAAACACUUCUCAUGUCAUCCUUGUUUGUUAGUGAGUUAUCUUUUGUCGUUUCCGCGACUGUAAAGGUGUUUCUCUUCUUUUCUCAGAGGCGAUAACCUACAGCUGUUUCGUGGAUCUCAUGCAGAGAAUGAACAGUAACUUCCCACACGGCGGAGCUAUGGACACGCAUUUUGCAAACAUGAGAUCUUUGAUCCAAGUACGUACCUAAAUAAUUCAUUCGAUCCAAGUGAUAAAAGAGCGAUGAAAACUCCUGCAUUUUAGCGAUUAUGCAUUGGAGCAGCUUACGUAAGUAAUAUCAUAUCAAUGCUUUUUUACCAUGUGCAUGGAAUUAUUAAGUUUUUGUCUCACUGUUUGCAGAUUCUCGACCCAGAAAUGUUCGAACAUCUUCAGCAAAAUGGCGACCUCACACAUUUCUACUUCUGCUACAGAUGGUUCCUUCUUGACUUCAAACGAGGUUUGUGGCCACACACCCUGACAUAGCACAUUAGACAUACAGACGGAGUUAUGUGCGUAGAUACAAACAGAUAGACAGAUCGACAUGCAUGCAGGCGGGGAGACACCGAUAGACUGACCGACUUACAGUAGUACGCAAGAAGAUAGAUGGAAAGGCAGAUAGACAGGCACAAACAGACAGACGUCAAGUGAAUUAUAACAGUUUAGUUAUGAUGGUUUGCUUUCGUGUUCAUAUUUUUACAGAACUUCUCUAUGAAGACGUGUUUGUAGUGUGGGAAAUCAUCUGGGCAGCUAGACACCUUGCCUCAGAACACUUUGUUCUUUUUAUCGCCCUUGCACUGCUUCAAUUUUACAGGUAAAGGAAAAAACUGAUUUUUGACUGUUUCCUUUGGCACGGGCGUUUUUUAUGGAAUUUUCAACAGGCAAGCGAAUCCACGAGGAGAUGUUACCAAAGAUGAGUUGGCUAACUGUCGUUUAAAAAAAUAUAAGAGUAACUUUCAUUUAAUGGUAGCUGACAAUAUCAAACAUAUCUCACUGUCUCAUUAUGAAAAGAAGUGUUUUAAUGUGAUGAGAAACUCUAAAUCUUACCUUCUUGUCUUACAGGGAUAUCAUUUUGGACAACAAAAUGGACUUCACAGACAUCAUUAAGUUCUUCAAUGGUAUUGUAAUCUAUUUCCAUAAGUGAUAAGACUGCCCCUAUCCCUUAUUGCCUGAUCUCCACCCCCGCCUUAACUCCCGCUUAUAUGUCUCUUGAGUUAUUGCUCCAUCUACGUCUCACUCCCUCCCCCCUCCCCCCGAUCCUCCCUUUUUAAUAGUGGGGACUUUGUAAGAGUCCUCACUCAAAAGUCUCAAUCUUCAUCGCAAGAAUGAAAUCACUUAAACAAAAAGAUCACAACAAGUUGGGAAGAGAAACUGUCUUGUAUAAAACUAUAAAAGCCUCCCUUGGUGUCAACCCCCAUUUUAAAAAGUGUACCAAAUUGUAAAGGCCAAGGGUUAUAUCCGGGAUUUACAAUGUAUGAUUGAUAACUAUUUGCCGUCUCUUUAGAAAUGGCUGAGCGUCAUAACGCGAAGGCGGCACUGAAGGUCGCGCGGGGUCUGGUGGCAAAAGUCCAAGACCUUAUCAAGAACCAGUAAAACAGGAUAAACGCUGGUAACGCAAACGACAUAACCGAGAAUGAAUGGACUUAGGAAAUAUUUUCUUUAUUAUUUAACAAGCUCAGAGCUUUAAGGUAUUGUGAGGUGGAAGUACAACAGACGACGCUUAAAAAAAGCAAUGGCAGUAGAUGACGAACUACAAAG